AUGAUCUGCGCUCUCGGGCUGGCUGCUUCUGACGAAACCAUUCGUCCUGUCCUUGACAUCAUCAAGGAAGUCAAGGAGCAAGGGAACGGCACUGAGGUCAAAUACAACAACUUGAAAGUUCGCCGCUUGCUAGAAGAGGCAGCUGAAAAUUUUAUGCUCGGAUUGGCGACGGUCGAUAAAAGUGUCCUAGAAUGGCUUGCCGACGACUGCACCAUGAUCGACCCUUCACUCGACGAAAAGAGUUACCGAGACUACGUCGUCCAUGGAAAGUGCAACAUAAUCAAAGCACUUGGAGGCGACAGUCCAACUGCAUAUAAAGUCAGAACCAGCAGAUAUAUCCCAAUCUCAACAUUUGUUGAACAGGGCAAAAUCUUCUCUUAUUGGGAAGGGUUGAUACGGGAAAGCACGACUAAGGGGGCGAACAAGGCCAAGGAGGCGAGCAAGACUACAGAGGCGCUUAGAGCGGAGGAGGAUAUGAAAGGGGACUUCCACGUCGGCAAGUUCGGGGGAGCCUUUGUGAUAUACCUCGACAAAAAUGUCAUGAUCAAGAGAGUGGAGUUUAGGCAGAGGCUCCCCAUUGAUUUCGUCUUCACCAUGAAUGGUUCCCCCGAAAUUGACCCCGUCCAAGAAGCCAUCCACUUCUGGUGCAAUGACGAGAACGUAGAUUGGCUCGAAGAAAUACUGCAUAGUCAUCUACAACCCCUCAUAGACAACAUCAACGCCGGAGGUCUCCAUAGCAGCUGGGAAUGGUUCACCGACGACGCGACUCUGACGACAAGCAUCAAUCUUCCACGCUGCGAAGGAACAACCUUUGAAGGAAGAGAAGGAAUCAACGACUACUUCGCCAGCCAAUACAAUGCUGAACCCCGUAUGAAGUUUGUUCCACUCCUUUGCACCUACGGUCAAGGCCACAUGGCAUGCCAUGCAUGGUAUAGACUCGACGAUGAACAUGGCCUUUCCAGCCCUCGCGAUCAUCAGCUCCUCAUCACGGCGGACUUCAACGAGUACCACAGACUAGUCAGCAUGGAAAUCAGCGAGUAUACGGUUGCAGGGCCGGCGUCUUAUAUUGAGACAGUAGACAAUUGCGUCGCUUGUAGGGCCAUGGCUUCCAUGAUGCGAGAGAGACGGAUGGAAGAGGACGCGGGUGAUAGCAUGGAUGAUGAAGCCUAUUCAGAUUGGCCUUAUCGCAAUGACGACCACGACCACUAA